AUGGUGUAACCCAGACUAAUUAAGGGUUAAAUAUAUAUAUUAAUAUAAAUGUAUGAAGUUCAGAAAAGUAAAUAAUUGGAGAUUGGUGAUAUUAAUAAAUACUUAAAAUAAAAUAAAUUGUGACAAAAAUAAUUUGUAAUAUUUAAACAAGUUAUAGUUCCAUCCAAUCAGAGUUCGGUUGAUAUGGACCGCCCACUUGCUGAUGCGGCAGAUUGCGCAAGACCUAAGAAGGAAGAAGACGGGAAAGAAAUUCGCUAGAUUUAGCUAUCAAGAAAAUAGAAAUAACGGAGUAAAACUUUGAAAAUAGUGAUUAAAACUCAAGUCAGUUGAAAGAGGAGAAUAUUGAGUGGAUUCAGUUGUUAUUUUACUCCUGUGACUAUCGAUGGGUGAAUUACAUCAUUGUAUUACUGGGACGUGAAUAUCUGGAUGUGGUCAGGUUUUUUUCCUGAGGGGAGAUUGAUUUUCUUUGAUGGCGAGCCAACCUAUUCGGACACUGGAAAAGAAAGAAGAAAAUUCAUCCUAUAGGACCAGGAGAGUAUCGUGAUUUCAUUUUUUUUUUUUCUCCCCUGCUCAAGGUAAAACUAUUCCUGCAUAGAGACUGUGUUUUCUCCAUACGGGACUGAAACUGUCUGAGAUAACUAGAAGAAGGAACUGAUAUCAGUUAUUGAACAUUUGGAAAUUGAACUGGUCGUCGACGUGUGCGUGAUAUCACAAAAUUGUUGUUGAAUCUGGACAAAUUGUUGUCAUUCUAUUGUUUUCUAUUGUAUUCAUACUAUUCUAGUGUGAAACUGACAGUGAUUUGCUCUUAAGUGAUUUGUUCUUUUAUUUCUUUUCAUCGAAUUGACGUAACUCACUUUGAAUUGCUUUUUAUUUAUUUUAUUGUUUACUUUCAAAAAGGGGAAAGGCCGGCAUUUAAGGGAACAUUUAUAAAAAAUCUACGUACUUACCUUAAUUGUGGUCUCCUGUCGUUCCUUCAGCAAUUACCCUCUACCUCCGUAGUCGAUCAUACGAAUCUUCUGAUUUUCCUAAUUGGUCCAUAAAAGUGAAGAACUAAAUUAUAAGUAAUAUAACCCGUUACAUAACAUUGGCGAGCCAGGGCCAGGAGGUGGUGCUGUAUUGCUGAAGACAGGCAGUUGAUCUUUAAACCCAUUUUAGUGCUCAGACAAAUUAACCAAUUUGUUGUCAAAAUGGAUGUAAUUUUCCAAGAAGGUAUCAAAAUCCCAAAUGCUGUAAUAGUUAGUGGGGUAACUGGAACAGCGAAUGAUGAAGAACUGAUAAAAAUUCUGCAAGAACAUGGUUCUAUUGCUAGGUCAGUCAAAAUUCAGGACCCUGAUUCUGACUUCCAUCGUGACUUAAUUAUUGAGUUUGACAGUGGCUGUGCUUUACAGUCAUUAGAGCUCAUGUUGCCCUAUACUCACCAACUAACCAGUGAUCCAAAUGUCACUUAUAUAGUGAGAUCUUUAUCCAGUGUUUACACCCGAAAGUUGGGGGGUAGUGCUACCAGAUCAUACCUAGAAGGAUUGAAAGAAAUUGCGAAACUUAGUGGGGCAAAUUUUGAAGCAAUGUUGAGUGAAAUGCUGACAGAAAUGAGUGCUGUAGUUCUUCCUGCAGGCUCUACAUCUGAAGCUGUUGAUGAAAACCCUAUUAGACCAUCCCGUCAAGAGCCGCUUGAAGGCAAAGCAACUCCAGUUAUCGCUCAGCCUUGCCAAGAAGGAACCCAGCAGACCCAUCCUCCUGCUUCUUAUGUGGCUGACACCACAGUUCUUACCUCUCCCACGAUACUUAACCCGCCUGAAGUUCAGAGGUUAGUUGUUGAACAUGUGGUGAGGAGUGGAGAAGCUGUUGCUCAGGUGCAUGCUCCCAUGCGACUCAGGUUAUUUUCUGGGAGGAAACCUAGACCUGCCAACGAGACAGAUUAUGAUGCAUGGCGUUCUAGUGUGGAUCUUAUUCUGAAAGAUCCUGCAAUAUCUGAUCUGCAUGGGUCACGAAAGAUCCUGGAAAGUCUUUUGCCCCCAGCUGCUGAUGUUAUUAAACACUUGAGUCCUGAAGCUUCCCCAUCAGCUUACCUGCAGUUGCUAGAUUCUGCUUUCGGCACGGUAGAAGAUGGUGACGAACUCUUUGCUAAAUUUAUGAAUACCUUGCAGGAUGCAGGGGAGAGACCUUCAUCUUACUUGUCUAGGCUUCAGGCAGCCUUGAGUGUAACGAUUAAGCGUGGUGGGGUUUCGCCCAGUGAAGCAGACCGACAUCUCUUGAAGCAAUUCUGCCGGGGCUGCUGGGAUGAUGGGUUGAUCGCUGACCUGCGAUUGACACAAAAACGUGAUGAUCCUCCACAUUUCGCACAGCUGUUAUUGAUGCUACGUACUGAGGAGGAUAAACAUGCUGCAAAAACCAUGCGCAUGAAACAACAUCUAGGUGGUACCAAGCAGCGCGCACUGAUGCAUACCCACAGAACCUGGGUGUCUGAUGAAACUGAACAAGCUGCAGCCUCCAAUGUGCUGUCAUUGGCAACAGAAGCUAAAGAACUAAGAAAACAGAUAGCAACUCUUCAGAGUCAACUAGCAAAACUCACCUCUAAAGCUGAUGUCCCAAAGAAAUCUGCAUUGCAGGCAGUGGGUCAGAAAUCCUCAAUCACAGAGAAAAGAUCAAGCAAACAGAGCACUGUAACCACAAUACCUGCAAACGGUAAACAAUCUGACAAACCCAGGCCAUGGUAUUGUUUUAAAUGUGGAGAAGAUGGCCAUAUUGCCUCCUCCUGUGAGUCAGAGCCCAAUCCAACACUGGUGGCUGAAAAGCGUAAAGUCUUGAGGGAGAAACAAUCCCAGUGGGAGUCUCAAUACAACAUCACAAAACCUGCUUUAAACUAGAGCCAGUUCCUGUUGCGG